AGGAAGCUGACUAUAUGGCAUCGAUAUGGCGAGGUAAGACCAUAGGCCCUACUGUGCCAUCUUCAUACUUGGACAACCGGCUCCCAUCCGACUCUCGCUAUGGCUUCGACUUGUACACCCCGAGCGUCACUCUCUGCAUGCAGUGGCUCAACUCCCAACCCUCUAACUCUGUUGUCUAUGUGUCCUUCGGCAGCAUAGUUAUGCUUGGCCCCGACCAAAUGGCUGAGCUUGCAUUCGGUCUUCUCAAUAGCGACAAAUACUUCCUUUGGGUGGUGAGAUCCUCGGAAACCUCUAAGCUCCCAGAGAACUUCAUGAAGAAUUUGUCCUCGGAGCGAGGGUUGGUAGUUUCAUGGAGCCCACAGAUAGCGGUGCUAUCCCACAAUGCGGUCGGCUGUUUCCUGACGCACUGUGGAUGGAAUUCAACUAUGGAGGGGAUUAGUUUGGGUGUACCAAUGGUCGGAAUGCCUCAGUGGACGGAUCAACCAAUGAAUGCCAAAUAUAUCGAGGAUGUUUGGAAGAUCGGGGUACGGGCGAGAGCUGGAGAGAAGGGAUUGGUGGGAAGGGAGGAGUUGGAGAGGUGUGUGAGGGUGGUGAUGGAGGGGGAGAGGAGUGAAGAGAUCAGAGGGAAUGCAAGGAAAUUGGGGGAGUUGACCAAAAGGGCAGUGGGGGAGGGUGGAAGCUCGGAUAGGAACAUUGCAGAGUUUGUGGCCACGUAUUGCCCAAAGUGAUAGACUGGGCUUUGCUUUUUGGUCAAGAUUGGCUACUCAUUGCUGUCUGCUUUAGUUGUUCCAUAUAUGUCGGCCAUAACUUCGGUGCUAAAUCGCUUAUUUGCUUUUAAGACAUGACAUGGCAUGAGGACUGUUCCAUGCUUGUUUGUUUAUUUUUAUUCCUUGAAUAGAUUUGAAUAAGAAUCUGGUUAAUUUAUUUCAAUAAAGAAUAUCGAGUGUUGGG